UUACCAACGAGGCGCAGGGGUCAGGACGACUCUCGGCAGCGCCAUCGCUCGCCCUCUAGUGGCAGCUGGUUUUGAAGUCGGCCUCAGGCUUUGAAGUUCCCCACCGCUUCUCCUUCCCCCUCCCCUCAGCCUGGAUCACCGCCCAGCGUCAGGCGAAGGGGGACGCCUCGAGGUAAAACGGAGGAGGUGCCGGACGCGGAGCCUGUGCGGCCCGGUAGCCCUGGAGAGGCCAAGACUCUAGGCCGCGAGGGGCGGGUGCGAUGGCGGAGGAACAGGUGAACCGCAGCGCCGGCCUGGCCCCUGACUCUAAGGCCUCGGCGACUGCAGAAUCUACGGUUUCCUCAGUGGAGACCCCUGAAGCCGCUGCCAAGUCACCGGAGCCCAAGGAUUACGACAGCACCUGCGUCUUCUGCCGGAUCGCGGGGCAGCAGGACCCGGGCACUGAACUCCUGUACUGCGAGAAUGAGGACCUAAUUUGCUUCAAAGAUAUCAAACCAGCAGCAACUCAUCAUUAUCUUGUGGUGCCAAAGAAGCAUAUUGGAAACUGCAGAACUCUAAGGAAAGAUCAAGUAAAACUGGGUAAGAUGAUGGCAGUAUUCUUCAUGUUUAUAUCAUCUUCAGUUGAUUUUAGGAUGGGUUUUCAUAUGCCACCAUUCUGUUCCAUUUCCCACUUGCACCUUCAUGUUCUGGCACCAGUGGAUCAGCUUGGCUUCUUAUCCAAGUUGGUUUACAGAGUCAAUUCCUAUUGGUUUAUCACAGUGAGUAUUCUUGUUAUGUCAGCAGCAUACAAAAAUAUUUAA